GCUCGCAGCGGAAACGGAAAUGGACGGCGGAGCCGACGAGGACGAGGACGAGGACGUGUUUUAGCGCGGUGGCGGUGGGCAGGCGGAUCGAAGAUGAAUACCAGAGGACUUGGAUCUCAGCUAAAGGACAGUAUUUCAGUUUCUGAACUUUCAGCUAGUGCUCCUUUUGGAAACCAUGAUAUUCUUCGGAGAGGUUUUUCUUGUGUCAAAAAUGAACUUUUGCCAAGUCAUCCUCUUGAAUUAUCAGAAAAAAAUUUCCAGCUCAAUCAAGAUAAGAUGAAUUUUUCCACACUGAGAAAUAUCCAAGGCCUAUAUGCUCCCUUGAAGUUACAGAUGGAAUUCAAGGCAGUGAAACAGGUCCAGCGUCUUCCAUUUCUUCAGAGCUCGAACCUCUCCCUGGAUAUUUUGAGGGGUAAUGAUGAGAGUAUUGGAUUUGAAGAUAUUCUCAAUGAUCCAUCACAAAGUGAAACAAUGGGAGAACCACACAUGAUGGUGGAAUACAAACUUGGUUUACUGUAAGAGGAAUAUGUUGCUAAUGAAAAUAGAGAAACAGCAUCCAGUUUAUAAUUGUCUUUUUAUUAUGGUUUGAUGCAUAUAACAUUAAAAGUACUGCUAUUUACUGUUCUUAUGGCUAAUAUGUACUGUCAGUAAUUUGAAUUUGUUUGGGUCCUUGUAUUAUUAAUGUAACCAUAUUAUUUUGAGGAAUGAAUAUUGUAAAAUGAGGCAAUAAGGAAAACUGAACCUUAGUUCUUAAAUGUGAAGAACAAAUUUUUGUUGUACGUUUAGAGAAGGGCAUAGAACAGGCGUUCUAAUUAAUCUCAUUUUGACAUAUCCUCUUUUUAGCAUUGACACCCAACUGAUUUGAACAUAGGCCACACCCUUAAAAUAAAAUCUGUUAGAGAAAAAAAUACAUUUUGGAGACAGAAGAGCCCUCCAACUCCGUAACUUUAACAGGCUUCGCUUAGCAGAGGAAGAGACCAAUACUGCUCUUCUCUUUCGCUACAUAUCUUGUGUAACGUAAUUGCCAAAUCCAAAGCUAACCUGAGCUGAAUUGCAGUUCCUAUUUGAAUUAGUACUUAAGUUAAAAAAUUUUAACCCAAAGUAUUUUCAGUAGCUUUUACUAUAUUAACACAACAUGUGAAAGUAGGCAGGGCCCUUUUUUUGCAAAGUCAUCCGCAUUUCCUGGCUGUGCUAGAAGAGAGCUACCUUAAGGUUUACUUUACCCUCAAGUAUUUUGCUCUAGUGAUGGCAG